AUGAAGGCUGUGUCAUCUAUUGAAGCUGCAGUGAUGUACCUAGAGGAUGAAUCUAUUACCUUUCAAAUGCUAACUCUUAUAAGUGAUAACUCUGGAAGAUUUCUGGAGCUUUGCGGACAAAUGGAACAGAUUAUUAAAGAGAGGAGUAAGGAAUACUUGGAACAACUGUUAAACCAACGUAUCAUCGAGCUAACUGCAUUUCGAGAAGAACGAAAGAAAGUUGGUUCCUUUGUCAGGAUGUGUGCGCUCAUCACACAAGGUAAACAACGAACGUUGCGCGGUUUUUGACGUUACGCUCGAUACGUUAAUGGCGCAUUUAUAGAUUAAAUCUUGGUUUUCUCUUUUUUCUAGUAAAUGUAGAUGAAUUGUCGAGGAAAACUGUUGUGGACGCUUCUUGUUUGCCGAUUAAAGACCUGGCAUGGUCAACAGUUGUUAAUGGUAAAGUACGCCCAGUGGUAACCUUCUUUCAGCUCUCGCCUAAGGCAAAGGCAAUGAUUUCAGAGCUCAGCACACUAUGCAACAGUACACUUCUUCGACGAUUUUGGAUUGAAAAUGGCAAAAAGGCACUUUCACGCGUUGCACAAAGGCAAGGACAUAAAGGCUUACUAAAUGUCGACGAUGUUGAAGAGUUGGUAUGGGCACCAUCAAUUAAACAGCUGCAGUCGUUGCAAGAUCGUUUUAUGAACUGUACCAUUUCGUUUGGAGAGAUUGACAAGUUCUUUACGGUUUUCAAUAGUAACCAAGACCUCGCUAACGAAUUCAAGCUUAUCACCUCAAGAAAUGGCAAUAUAUUAGCAGCCCGCGAAUCGACAAUCGACACUCGCAUUGAGCAGAUAAUUGAAUACUACAAAUUGCAAACCUGCACUGCCGCCGCUGGUAACAUUUUGAAAUUUAAAGACAGUUUGGGCCUUCAAGGAGAUUUUCAGGCAGUAAAAGAUCUACAAAAUCAGGUUCAUAGUAACCUUCACUUAAUAAAAUUGAACUUUCUUCCCUAUGUGGAAAACCUUGGAAUUUCCAGCUUGCAUUUUAACUCCUGACUGGUUCGUGUCACUUGUUAUCGUAAAAUAUUUAACAUUUUCUUACCCUUUUUACACAGAUGACCAAGGAAUUCAAACAGAAACCACUAACGACCAUGAAUGCAGCUUUACAACAUGCAGGCAGAUUAUUGUCGCUGAUAACGCCUGAGCGUGCAGAUUGUCUUGAAGCUGUUGCUGAAUGCAAAGAUCUCAUAUCUUGGAUAAGGAAAACGAUCAAAGGUAGAAUAUGCGGUUGCUUUAGCUAUUUUCAAUUGCACUUAAGAUAAGUGCGUUUAUUGAAAAGAGACGGAAGCGGCGAUGUCUAAACUGUGUUGCUACAUAACCGUUGAUAGGACAUUGAGUUUUGACCUUUUAUUGUGACCUUCUAUUCCUGAUAUUCAAUGAUUGAACUAUGGACUAAGCAAGUCAACGUAUACUGGUCACUCCUGCUCUGCAAACAGUGAGUGAGAAACAAAAUGUUGUUGGUCAGACCCUCUUAGGCCAAAGUUACUAUCGCUACCACUACUUGUCGGCAUUUCGCUGGGGGGCGUUUACCAUUCUUACUGGAUUCUCGACUGUGAUAAAGAGUCUUAAAAACUAAAUCAUUAAAAACGCUACCACUAAUCGUGAUAGUCACUUAAUGUUUAGCUUAUAAUAUAUAGAUAGUUAGAUAGGUAGACAUGAGACAGACACAGACCGGCGGACAGAUGCUAAAACACUUACCGUUAAAAAGGGCAACUUAAAUGGCAAUUGAUCCAACAGAAGGCCUGGAUUUAGUCGUGACUGGAACUUCUCCUCUUGGGAAAAGCUUGUGGAACCUCAAUAGGCCCAUUUCUCGUCGUCGUCUUUCCCGACACCGUCCACCUCUGUCAGGAGAUCUUGUGAGUAAUAGAGUAUGUGAGAAUACUUCGGCGCAUUUAUCUUUUCUUGUCGAACUCUUUCUUAGGCCCUCAAGAACUCAAGGUCCUUGUGGAUUUGGCGAUAAUCUCAGCUGGGGAGGCAGACAUAGAAACGUACAAGAUCACGUGUCUACAUACCAGCUGCCUUGGCUUUGCCCCCCUCAUCUUUGAUUUGAAACCUUCCUUUGGAUUUAAGAAACUGAUGAAAGCUUGUGAACCAGUUUGGAAUGCUGUGGAUGCUGACCCCACCCUUCCAGAAAAAUUGGUAGGCUUGUUUAACAUAGAGUAUGGCUAAAUAUGUAAAAUCUUCAUUUUGUCGCAAGUGUGAUGGGACUUGAACCUAUCAUUUCUGAGUAGCGGUCUAUUUGGUUGAUUGCGUGUUAUUUAGGAAUGGAAUUUUAAUUUACCUGAAAGGGUAAUACAAAUAUUCCAAGUCGUACAUUUUUGAAGAAGUAAAAGUAAAAUAUCAGACGUCCAGUACUUCUGUACUAAGUGGUAAGUUUGGAUCAUUUUGAAAUUCCGUUUAAGUAGUUAAUUCUUUCUACGUUGAUUUUACCGCCUUAACCUCCUAGGGUACUAACGUAAAGUCAAGAAUGUUGUGAUUGCAUCUGGGUAUCUUACUGCAAAUGAAAUCUUAGGUCCUUGUCCAUAGUCUGAUAGAUGUGCGUUAAAAUGUCAUAUUUCCUAAGUCUUCUUAAACAGGACAGCCAGCCAGGACAGCCAUUAGGGAUUACUACAAGUAUUCCUUCUACCCAAGGACAAUUACAGAAUGGAAUGAACUCCCAAGGAAUAUAGCUUACUCCAAUUCAAUGGCUGCUUUAAAAAUUGCAAUUUGAAACAUUUAUUAACACUUUUAUUCCUUUGUGGUCAUAAGCGCCUUUUCAGUCACUUUUGUUUUCCCUUUUUUAGAGCGGUCUGAAAUGCUCAGUAUUGAGUGACAGACCUAAAUGGUAAAUGUACAUGGAAAUGUAAACAGGACAGUCAUACAAAAGAUGACUACUUUAAACUUCACAAUAGGCCAUUUCCGAAUUCCCUUAAGCCUCUUUUUCAAAGUGAGUGCUGGUGCACAUCUUUUCUUUUUAAAAGAGGUUAUGAUACAAAUGCAGGUUAAGCUCAUUUUUAUCUGAAAGCUUGUCUACCAGGCCUCGCUUUGAUAGAGAGGCUGACUGUAACUUAGAAAUGGGCUGUAUUCUGAUGCUUUGUCAACAGGACUACUCAGGAAACUUGGGUUGCACUUCUGCGUAUGAGUAUCAUCAAUUUUGCAUUUGUUGCCAUUAACUUCCACAUGUAGUAUUUCAACUUAUUUCUUUGUCUUUUUGCUUGCUUUGGUCUUAUGCAGGUAGCCACAAGUGAACAGUUAGAGUGGUUGAAGGGGGUAAAAAAGUCUCAUGGUUCAGUAGCAAUGUCCUCUCUGAUGGAAGCUCAAGCUAUUAAUGAAAAGGGUGUAUACCGUGUUGGUUGUCCCAGUAAGGAUGCCUGGACAUCAAUGGAAACGUUGUCACUCGAUGCUGUGAUUGAACUCACGGUAGUCGCAGACAAGAAAAGAUUGACUCUUGACAACCUGAAGGAUUUACAAAGUAAACUGAUGCUUAUUGCCGCCAAAGCUUCACAUGGAAAAGAAGACGUGGACCGAUUUGUUGAUGUAAGGCCAACCUUAGAUAGUUCUUAAGUCUGGUCAGUUAAAUUGAAACGGUUUAAAUGCAGUAUAGGGUGAAUUUUUCUGCAACAUAAUAGAUGUGAUAUUUUGCCUGACGUUUCCUUUCGUGGCUCGAGGGUACUUUAAUCUUAUAGGGUUACAAUUGCUUACAGAUGAACGUAAAGUGUUAGAUGUACAUGGUUUUCUUGAAUGGAUUGUGACAAUCGGCAUUUAGGAUUGCCCACAGCGUUUAUUUAGUUGUUCCUGGAAUUACUGAUCACUUUCGUUAUACUUUUUCUUCUAAAGGUUCUUCAGUUUUUGUUUUCUUUCGGAAUUAACAGAUCUUGCAAUGUGUUCAGCGACUUGCUACAGUGUACAUCGCUCUUUGCAAAGCUGGAGAAGUAAGCCAUCUCCGUUGGAGGUAUGAAUAUCAGUGUACACUGCGGCUCUCUACCAACCGCGCCCUUACACAGGAUUUGGAAGAACAAAGUGCCCAGAUGGAACAGUGUCUUGAGUUGUGGAAAAAAGAGCUGCAUACUAAGCGUAUUCUGUACAAUGAACUGAAUCAUUUUACCACCCGUCAGUUGUUGUUCCUUCGAAAACAGCUGGCUGUUGUUCAGGGAAGAGGUCCCAGGGCUGUCGAUAACAUUCCUCUUGCGGUUUAUAACCUGUUGGAGAGUGUGUUACCUGGGGUGGAGCCAGCUAUCCUUAAAUCUGUUCUUAUCUCUUGUGGAAUUUGCAGCCAACAAACCGGCGACAGUAUCGUCAGAUCGUAUGGUUCGACCGGCCCAGUUGAACCCAGCAUUCUAUUGCACCAGCCGAGGUCGAAAUCAUCACAUGAAGAGGUGUUCCAAACGCUUGUAGCAAAAUUGGAAUCGAUUGGUUACUCAGAGACUGAGAAGUUUGCCAUUGCAUCAAUGAUAUCAUGCAAAGAUGCCAGCGAAUUAGAUCUCUUUGUGUGGUGUGUAAAAAACGUUGGCAACAAAGAUCUAAUUGAUGCUAGUUACUCAGAAGCCCUUCGUGACCCCAGAUAUUUGGCACUUAUCGAUAAAGACAGUACCGCAUCUAUAGAAGAGGAAGGGUGAGUUACAUACCAGAUGGUUUUAUUUUUUAAAUAAAUCUCCACGUGAAACUAUUUAAGCGACCUUAACUCCCACAAACCCCCUGUAGCUCAGUGGUAGAACACCUGGACCAGAAUGCUUUCGAGCCGCCUGUCUCACUGACUGAAUAAGCAUCUUUCUUAUUUCUCCACGUUUGGAAAGGCAAAUUGGGUAUAAAAACACAUUCUUGUCACCUUAGGCGAAAACUGAUGGUACAAUUUUCUUUUUUUAAUCAAACGUUAUCCCACGACCUUUAAAUUUUCUACGACUGUAACCACCGAGGAACAGAUAGCAUGUUGUGAUCACGUUGUUAAUAUUAGGGUGUGGUUUCCCAAAACUCGAAAACUAUACUUGACCAGCAGUGGCACUGCCAUCAUGGCAUGAGAUAUGGGGAAAUCCAGUGAUGUUUUUACAACAAUGAAAGUCAUUGGCAUGCGUAAAUGUUUCAGUUUUGUUUCGAACUAUUUACGGUUCUUGGAUAUCUGACGUUUUUUGAUUUCGUUUAAGUUCUUCUGCAGCGGAUAUGAUGAUUGAGCCCGAAGAACUUCCUGAACCCAUGGAAACUACUUUUACUUCUGACCAGACAGCAGGCGGGGAGUUCUUAAGCCUUGACGAGCUGGGAAAAGUUCUAAGCCAGCUUGCUUUGCAAGGUGUGAUUCAGCAUUCACCUAUAGAGAAU